AUAAAUGUGUCAUCUGAUCGUUUUUGCAGUUAUAAUUAGGUAUUUUCGCCUGGUGCGAUUGCAGAGAAGACAUGAUAUUAGGAAAGCCCUCUUCCGCACUUCUGCUUGUCUCAUAUUUUAUUAUUGUGGAUUGUAAGGUUCCGCUUGUGCAAAAGGUUUACAAUAUCAGAAAGUUUUUGUGGACACCGAAACCUAUAUGGACAUAUGCUACUACAGGAACGGGCAACUGCUGGUGUCAAGCAGACGUCAAUCAAGUGAUACAGGAAAAAGAAGUUAUUUACACUCAUUACUUCCUCAACAAAGCAGAAAUGAAGUACUGCGGCACACCCGAUUAGUUGGAGUAUUUGAUAAAAAAAACAUAAUGUAUGUCCAUCCUUAUGGUUCUACAUAUAAAGUGAAGCACGAAAUUACGUUUUUCGAUAAACAAGCCAAGUGUGCUGUGUUCAGAGUCUUAUCGAUGUCUUCCUUUGUAGGUCAUGUCAACAAAGUGGACCUGCGAGUCUGGAACACGUCCGAUGUAGCUGUCUCAGCCCGACCUUGUCUUCUAUCAUUCAAGAAGCAAACCCGCGGAGGGCACAUCAUUUACAAAAACAUGUGCCAGAAGAUGUUUGAAAAAUCGCGAGCUUCGCAGGACCUGGACAUUGAAGGAAGGAAAUCACCCCACGACACUGUUUGUCACAACGAAGCCUAAUAAAGAUAUGCAAAAU